AUGGAUUUGACCACCCAAUUUCUGCCUUUCUGCAUUUCCCUCAAGCUUCCACCAAUGGAUCUAACAGAUAAUUCGAUCGACGACCUCUUCGCAAGGGUUCGGCUGCAUCAACGAGACCUCGGCUAUGGGGUGAAUAAGCUGAAGUCGAGAAAGCGGCAAGACGGCUCCCUAUUACGCUUAGAUCUCGCGUGUGAGCGUGGCGGUCGACCGCGGCCGUCGGUAGCUAAGCAGCGGCAGACGACGACGUCGAAGACGGGCUGCCCGUGGAGGGCUCGUAUACACCAAUGCCCUAACCCACAGGAUGGGUAUAGGGUAAGUGUAAUAUGCAGUGAGCACAACCACGAAUCGCUGGCGACGGAAUCGUACUCGUCGAGCCGGGUCUUCCGCGAGCUAAGUCGGCAGGAGCCUGGUACCGAGGCGGUCAGUAUGCGGGUAGAGUCAUUGUCAGCAACUGGAAGACUUACCUCUGCUCAUAUGAGGACGGCUAUUCCGCACCCACAUGAAGGCUAUCCCGCACCCAUACUAGGCCUAUUUAAGCAAAUAAUGGGCUGCACGUGA